AUGGCCAGCCCCGGAAAGCCAGCAGCACCGCUGUCGGCGAGUCUGCCCGCACUGAUCAUGGGAUCCGCGACCUUCAACUCGCAGUACAACCCGGAUCCCUACGCGCUGCCCACCGCCAGUCUCGUCCACAAGGCGCUCGCCGCCGGCGUCCGGGCGUUCGACACUUCGCCAUACUACGGCCCCGCGGAGGAGCUGCUGGGCCAGGCUCUGGAUAUGCCCUUCGUUCGUGACAACUACCCUCGCAGCUCCUAUCAUCUGCUCACAAAAGUCGGCCGCAUCGCCGCUGCAUCGUUUGAUUACUCGCCCGCCUGGAUCAGACGGAGUUUGGCACGCAGCCUGGUACGGCUGAAAACCCCGUAUCUGGACGUGGUAUACUGCCACGAUGUCGAGUUCGUCUCAGCAGACGAAGUGCUCGUGGCCGUGAGAGAGUUACGCCGUAUUCGAGACACCGAAGGCACAGUGCGAUACGUCGGGAUAUCCGGCUACCCAGUCGACGUUCUCUGCGACCUGGCAGAGAUGAUUCUACGAGAAACAGGUGAACCGCUGGACGCAGUCAUGUCCUUUGCGAAUUUCACCGUGCAGAAUACGAGACUGGUCUCGGAGGGCGUCCCUCGCCUUCUAGCAGCGGGCGUCGAUGUUGUGCCCAAUGCAUCGCCGUUGGGAAUGGGCUUGUUGAGGCGCAGCGGUGUGCCGAUUGGCAGCAUGGGCGAUUUCCACCCCGCACCCGUGGAGCUGCGACAGGCGGUGAGCAAGGCCAGUGACUGGACCGAGGCGCAAGGCCACAAGAUCGAAUCUAUCGCCAUCCAGUUUGCCCUUGUGGCAUGGUUGACAGAUGGGUCGCCUGUAGGUUCAUAUGGCGAGCUUCUCGCCCCAGAAGUAGCUGCUCGGCCCCCCUCCACUCAAGCAGACCAUACUGCUGGCCUUAUACAUGGCGUCAGUGUCAUGGGAGUAAGCACGGUUGAAGAGCUUGAAGAGACACUUAGCGUCUGGCGGAGGAUUAUUGACGGGCUGGAUACGGGAGCUGGCAAGGAAAACCCGGAAGGCGAGCACAGCUCGGUAAAAUCUCAAGCUGAAAUCCUCAAAAAUAACCGUCAGCGAAUUCUUCCCCUUGUUGAGGGGAUACAGAAGAUUCUAGGCCCGCAAUGGGUCAACUAUGCGUGGCCCAGUCCAGAUACGGGGUUUGUUAACCAACCACCUCCUGCGGGAUACGACAAAGAUACUGUUGGCUAG